GUGAAAUUUCUACACUCAUUCAAAUGGAAACUGAAAAUUAUAUUGGCAACAAUUCUGCUUUCAUGUUUAGGUUUGGUUUACACUUUCUUAUGUUGAUAAUUUAAUUUUUUUUUUUUUGGUAAAUUUAAAAAUAUUUUUUAAGGAAAAAAAAGAAAUUCACAAUCUUUCACAGUUCCAUCAUGUCUUACCUAUCUUUAAGCCAAUAUCUCAAUGAUAUUGAAGAUCUCUUGCAACAUGGAAAUGGAGAAAAGGCUGCUGAAUAUUUAUCUAUUCAACAUCAUCAUGCCUUGAAUUCUAGAAUUUAUAAUUCAAAUCCUGAAUCAAAUGUUAAAAGGAUAUUUGAACCACCAUGGGAUGAACUUGUUUUAUAUCAUAUAAGAUGUUUACAUGAAAUGCACAAAGAAAAUUAUGUUGAUGCAUUCAAGCACCAAUUUACAGUUGUACAAACAUUUACUAAAAUAUUACAGAGCCAAAAGGAUGAAAAUUGGGCUCUUCCCAUAAUGUAUUCCUUGUGUUUAGAUCUAAGAAAACUUGCUGCGAAGGCAGAUUUGCAGUUAGACAAGAAAGAAAAACCUCAUGAAAUGUUAGAAAAAGGAGCCGACUUGCUCAUGGGUUGUUUCCGAAUUUGUGUUGGUGACAAUCGAUGUUCAACUGAAGAUUCAAAAAGAUGGGGUAUUUUGAAUUUGACUAACCAGCUGUUUAAAAUAUAUUUUAAGGUUAAUAAAUUACAUCUCUUAAAACCUUUGAUUCGGGUUAUUGAAAGUUCAAAUCUGAAAGAUAUGUACCCUACAUCUCAAAGAGUUACAUAUAAAUAUUUUGUUGGGCAGCAACAAAUGUUUCAAAGUAAAUUUAAGAUGGCUGAAGAAAACCUUUCAUUUGCAUUUCUUCAUUGUCAUAAAGAAUCUAAAAGGAACAAACAACUCAUUCUUAUAUUUUUAAUACCUGUUAAAAUGGUUCUUGGAAUAAUGCCUUCAGAGUUUUUGUUACAAAAAUAUGGACUGAUGCAGUUUGCAGAACUUGUUAGAGCAGUAAAAGAUGGUGAUCUUCAAAGAUUUGGAAAUGCGUUAGAAGCUAAUGAAGAUUUUUUUAUAAAAUGGGGUAUCCGAUUGGUUCUGGAGAAGUUGAAGAUAAUUAUAUACAGAAAUCUUUUUAAGAAAGUGUAUCUUUUGUUUCAAACUCAUAUUAUUCCUGUGAGUGCUUUUAAAGAUGCUUUGAAUUUUAGAAAGGAGUACAAUGACGAUGAUGAGAUUGAUGAUGAAGAAGUUAUGUGUAUUUUAUCAAAUUUAAUUUAUGAGAAUAAAAUAAAAGGCUAUAUUUCUUACCAACACAUGAAAGUAGUUCUGAGCAAACAAAAUGCUUUCCCUCCACUCGCAACAUCAUCAGAAUGAAUGUGUUUAUCCAGAGACACAUUAAAUAUCAUUUUACAUCUUGUAAAUGUUUCAUUUUGAAAUAAAGCUUUCUUUUUUAACAUGAAAA